AGGAGUCACAGAUCAGAGGAGCUGGCAGCCGACAGCACACCCGCAGCUGCUGCCGGUGCCGCCAUGAGGGCUGUGCUCUGGGACCUCCUGCUGCUCUGCCUCUUCGCCCGGGCACGGGGGGACUGCCGGGGGGACUGCCUGCGCUGCGACCGCCACCUCUACCGGGACAGCUUUGACGUCCUCGUCUGCAUCCUGGAGUGCGAAGGCGAAGCCGUGCCGCGGGCCACCUGGGAGCUGUGCGCCGCCGCCGCCGGCCGAGCCAUCCCACGGCCCCGCGACCUCCAGGAUGACGGCGAUCCCUGGCGCGGCGUGGUGGCGGCGGUACCGGCGGUGCCGGUGAGCCCGCUGCAGGUAAGCGAGCUCCUGCGGCGCCGGGAAGCCGAAGACGAAGGCGUCGAACCGGCGCCGGGUGCCUUCCCGCAGCCACCCGAGGACAUUUCCCGACGACUCGGUGGUUUCCCGCGGGGGACGCACGGCUCGCGGCCGGCGCCGACAGCCAGGGGGGUGCAGAAGCGAUACGGGGGCUUCAUCGGGGUCCGCAAGUCGGCGAGGAAGUGGAACAACCAGAAGAGGUUUAGCGAGUUCCUGAAGCAGUACCUGGGCAUGUCACCCCGCUCCACGUUCCGGCAUCGCAUCCCAGCACCUUCUGCCAAGCACAGGCAAAAUUAACCCUGCUCCUGUCCACCCCAGCAGCCUCCAUCCUCUCUCUGACGGACCCCAAAGCUUCAGAAAUCACUUUGCUCUUCACUCACUAAGCCCGAUUUAAACCAGGACCCGACGAAUUUCGGCCUCCGCCGGCGACAGGAGCGAGAUGCCGCGGGGAGGGAGGGAGAGGACCACGGGGGAGCGAGCGGAAGUUUAAACAAAAUAAGGGGGAAAAAAACAAAAAAAAGGGAUUUUUGAAAAAGAAAAAAAAAAAUUGGAUUUUGGGGGAUUUUUUUUUUUUGGGGGGGUGGUGUCAGCCACUGUGAAAAAGCCACCUUGGAUCCAGCGGAAAAUCAGCCCCUGCCCCACGUUCCCAGUGCCUUCCCCGGCAGCGCUCGGCAUCCCCCGGCUGGGGCUUUUGGCUUCCCACGGGAUUUAUUUCCAGCUUUUCCGAUGGGGGAUGCCGAGGGGUCACGUCCCGCCGUGGCUCCAUCCCACCCCAGCGCCCAGAAACCACCUGGAAAUGUUUAUUUUUUAAUUUUUUUCCCUUUUCUAUUUUUUUUUCCCUUUUUUAAAGUGUUUUCCUUGAAGUUUUGUAAAACCUCCGGGGUUGACUUCUUUGCUCAGCAAUACAAACCACACGCGUGUUUUCGUUGCAUUCCCCCCCCCCCCACCCCCUCCCCGGCAUGCAUCGCGUCCCAGUCCCCGCGCCGGGAUGCGGUUUUUCCGUGUCGCUCCCAGGAGAAGAAUCGAAGCCGGUUAAUUCUCCUGCCUAAUUUGCUAUCCAAAAAGCAUAUCCCGGGAGCGACUUCGCCCGGGUCUCACCCGCAGUGCUGCCCUUCACUGUUUGUAAAAAAAAAAAAUAAAAAAAAAAAAACCCUAAUAACCCCUACAGGAAAAAAAAAAAAAGAAAAAAAAAGAAAAAAACCCCAAGAUCUUGUUCUUUUUAAUUGUUUCAUACAAAGAUUUCUCCAUUAAACUUGUACAUAGCAAAAGGAUUAAUAAAUUAGUUUACUGUUUCUACGAUA